AUGGGUGGUGCAGCGACGGAGCCGCCUUCGGUCUCCCUAUCGUUCGCCAACAAUUUCUGGGGCAAAGAUGACGCCGGCGUCGGUCCCAUGCUCGACCGCAUGCAUGCGGCCAAGGUCACCAAUGACGAACUCAAGAACUUCUACGCAGCCCGCUCAGCAAUUGAAGAGGAAUACUCGCGGAAACUCCUAAAUCUAUCGCGCAAGCCCCUGGGAUCCUGCGAAACCGGCACCCUACGACUGUCGUGCGAUGUCAUCCGAGCCGAGGUCGAGUCCAUGGGCAAGGCGCACCAGAGCAUAGCACAGCAGAUGAAGACGGAGCUAGAAGAGCCACUAGCCGCUUUCGCUGGUGGAAUGAAGGAGCGCAGGAAGAUUGUGCAGAAUGGCAUCGAGAAGCUGCUCAAGCUGAAGAUGCAGCAGACCUCGACUGUCAACAAGGCACGCGACCGUUACGAGCAGGACUGUCUCAAGAUCAAGGGUUUCCUAGCGCAGGCGCACAUGGUCAUGGGACACGAGGAGCGGAAGAACAAGGCAAAGCUCGAGAAGACACAAAUCAAUUUGGCGACGACGAGCAGCGAAUACGAGGCUGCGGUCAAGGUGCUCGAGGAGACCACCGGCAGAUGGAACAGGGACUGGAAAGCCGCCUGCGACAAGUUCCAGGAUCUCGAAGAGGAGCGCAUCGACUACACCAAGAGCAGUCUAUGGAAUUUUGCCAACAUUGCCUCUACAGUAUGCGUCAGCGACGAUGCCGGAUGCGAGAAGAUGCGCCUGUCCCUCGAGGAUUGCGACGUAGAGAAGGACAUCAGCGGCUUCAUCAAGGAGUCCGGUACUGGCCAGGAGAUCCCCGACCCUCCCAAGUUCAUCAACUUCUGCAGAGGAGACGUCGAGACCUCAUCGCAGGUUGACGAGGACGAGAACUACUCAGUCGCCCAGUUUGCUAGGACCUUGAACCCAUCCUACCGCGCUUCAUCACCAGCGCCAUCUACAUUCUCCUCGCACCACGAUCCAAACAACCCACUAGUACGAGAGCUAGGUCUCCCACAGGAAACACGCCCAAUCGCUCCUGACGAUCUACUACCGCGACAGUCCUUGGACCGUCCACCACAGCGUCAGUCUAUAGAUAUGCCUCGACAAUCUGUAGAAUCGUUCAGACAGCCAGUGGAACCACCGCCUCCGCUCAUGGAUGAACCCCGCAGGCGUGGAGAGUCUCCCCACCAACAGGCAGAAUCUCCCCGACAGUACGCACAAUCGACCCGGUCGCGUGCCCAAUCCCGAUCAAAUGGGGAUUACCAGCAUCAGCAGGUCGAGCCGCUGAGGCAGCGCGCAGAACAGCCCCAACCGCACGUGCAGCCUUUGAGACAACAUACAGACCCACCAAGACAGCAGCAGCAGCACAUCGAGCCUCUGAGACAACAACACCACAUUGAACCUCUGCGACAACAUGUGGAGCCACCAAGGCAACCAGAGCCACAGCAAGCCCCUCCAUCCCCACAAGUUGCACGCGCAGUACAGCCAGAUCCUCGAUUGGUUCAGGCACAGCAACAAGCUCGUCAACAAUACCAGCAGAGUCAAGUCCCACACAACGACUAUCCUUCGGAUGGUAUGACACAGUUCUGCCGCAUCGAUGCGCCGUCUGAUCGCAGCUCGAUCCCAAGUCCCGCUCGACCUGCCAGUAGGGAUUCACAGAGCGAUUACUCCAACCCCACGUCUUUCUCUAGCAUCGAGCCUCCAAGUGGUUCAGCAUCUCCUGGCAAGCCAAUGCCACAGUCACCAUUGCCUGAACCUAGUCCGAUCGAAGAGGGGUCAGUGGCGAAGAAGAGGGGCUUCUUCAACAGCCCCUUCGCACGGAGAAAGAGCAAGCACGAAGUCGAGACUCCAGCAGCUCUUACUCCUGCCAAUCGCAACCGCAAUACAUGGGCACCUCCCGCGCGCAGGAAUACAGAGGAGAAUACCAGCCCAACCAAGAGCUUUGCUACUAGAGCCACUCCUCGCAAUGCUAUUCAGAGCCGCGCUCCCUCGCCCAGCCCUGAACCAGCUGAUCCCCGUGCCAACUUCCAACUCAACGUUGGUAACAAUGUUUUUGACGUGGCCUCGCCAGACAAGAAGAAGCAACAAGAGCAGGAAGAGUCGCAAGAUGACCUUGAUCCAAUUGCGCAGGCCCUUGAGGAGCUAAGAGGUGUCACUAAACAGACAUCUGUUCGUCAGCAGCCAGAUGAUCGCAAACAGGCUUCUUCUCGCCAGACUGCCGAUCGUUACCAUGGUCUCGCAACGCCUGCUCCGGGUACACCUGCUGUCGGGUCGAAGUUGGUAGGUGGUGCCCCUACUCCCCUUUCUAACGUCGACCUGAGCGCUGCAAAGCGAGGCACACCUCCACCAACAUACGAGCAGCCAAAACGCGAGCAGCCACCUCCCCAGCCUCGUGAGCAGCCGCGCGAAGCACCACCCAUGUCUCACCUGGGCGCUCCUAAGCCAGCGCAUACUUCGCGCGCUAUGCAGAAGACGACUCAGAUGUAUGUCAAUCAGAAAGUGAGCAUGUUCAACGGAAGUCAGGCGUCUCGAUCCUCCAGCCGCAGCCCUACAAAGCAAGAGCCCCCACGUGUUGCAUCUCCAGCGCAACCUCCUCGAGCUAUCAGUCCUCGACCAACCCUCAAUACGUCUCAGAACUCAUACCGCUCAUCUGGAGGGCAAUCACAGCCAUCAUCGCCUUCGACAUACCAACCUGCGCAACGACAGCAACCACCAGCAUCGCAGCCUGCACCAAGAGCGCAACCCGCUCCACGUCAACAGCCUGUAGCUCAGCCUGCACAACGGCCGCAACCUGCGCAACAACCAACGCCACGACCGGCAUCGAGGCUACAGCAACAGCAGCAGCAACAACAGCAGCAGCAGCAGCAGCAAAGGCCUCAACAACAAGCCCCUCCCGCAAAUUCGUUCAGCCGGACCGCAUCACCCAAUCCAUAUGCGGCAUCAAAUGCUGGGGGUAGGCCUAGAGCACAGACAGCUACUGCCGCUGCACAAGCCUACGGUACACCUGUAGGACGUAACUCGUACUCCUCGAACCGUGGCCCAUCCCCCAGUGUCAACCCCACCCCACGAACUGCCUCGCCCCUUCCCCCACAACAGCCCCCUCAACCAGCCUACGCGCAAUCGCAAUCGCGCCCAGCAUCCCGAGCAGCACCCGUGUCGCGAGCCGCAAGCCCCAACCCACAAUUCCGCCAAUCCCAAGAACGACCCAGCAGUUCCCACAGCGGCAUGGCUCUCGCACUCUCCACCGCAGGCAGCGAGCGUGGCGACGGCAGUGUCUACGGCGGAAGCCAGUACGGAGGCAGCGUACGUGGUAGACCCGGUACUGCUUCUUCCGCCCGGCCCACGACAGCCAGUUCAGCUCGUCCAGGCACCGCUAGUACCGCCCGCCCGCAAAGCUCCUACAUGGGCGGCGGCAGCGCAGGAAGCGAAUUCGGCUUCAGCGGCGGGUCUGGCGCUGGUUCCGUGAGAGCGGAAUCGCGGGCUAGGAGUAAGAGUUUGGCUGAACCGAAGAAUUAUAAUAGCCAGGGCAGGGUUAUUUUGAACUACUCACGUGCGAUGUACUCGUAUGCAGCGCAGAUUCCAGAGGAACUGGGCUUCCAGAAGGGCGAUAUCUUGGCUGUGCUUAGGUUGCAGGAUGAUGGGUGGUGGGAGGCUGAACCUGUGGGCAAUACUGGUCGACCUGGUCUUGUGCCGUCGAACUACUUGCAGCCUUGCUAA